AUGCUGUUUUAUGUUGCGAUUUUUAUAAUUUUCAAUUUUACACGGAUAAAUGCUGUCAGCGACAUGUCGGACGAAACGUGCGAAACGCUACCGUCGGAAAUACAUUUAACGAAAGAGGAAUACGACGAAUUGGGCCGCCUGCAGCGCACCUGCAACGGCGAAAUAGCGGUCAACAAAUGCGAAGGAUCCUGCAAAAGUCAAGUACAACCGUCCGUCAUCACUCCCACGGGAUUUUUAAAGGAAUGCUACUGUUGCAGAGAGAGCUUCCUGCGCGAGCGCAUCGUGACGUUGACGCACUGCUACGAUCCCGACGGAGUCCGAUUGACGGGCGAAGGGAACAACGCGCUCGACGUCAAACUGCGAGAACCGGCCGAAUGUAAAUGUUUCAAAUGCGGCGAUUUCAGCCGAUAG